CAUAACGGAACAACUUCGCUUAAAUACGUAUUUUUCAUUUACGCACUUGCUAAAGCAAAAAGAUUUUUGUGUAGAAUUCUAAAUGAAUAUCUCCACCGGCCGACACUAUUUUCCAUUGUAUAGGAAGAUAAGUACAAUGGAUAGAAAUUACGAGAAAAUUUGCGGUGCUCGUACGAUACAAUCAGAUAAAAAAGGAUUUUUUAAUAAAUUCUAUAUUGAAACGAAGCAAACGUGCGGGGAAAAAUGGUUACAAAACUGUUUUGGUCAAUCGAAAUCGAAUCAAGCACGCAUACUUUCAAUGUUUAAUGACCCGGAAAUUUGCGACACUGUACUGCGCAUUUUGGAAAAUGUUCAACCCGUCUAUAAGCAAAAAGAUGCUUUGUUCUCUGCCCAAAAUAGAAUGGAUGCAGAAAAAUAUUACAUACUUAGCGCUAACACAAAUAAACAAGAAAAUUUGGCACAAGCCUUGGUAUUUGCUAAUUUAGCUGUUACCAGGGCCCCAGCUAAAGGUGUAAAUAAGCAAAUAGAUGGCGGUUUUAGUUUAGCUAUGGCUUUUCGGACAAGAGCCGCCAUAUUGCUGGCAAUGGAUGAGGGGAAGGUUGCAUUAAGUGAUUUGAAAUUAGCUGCCUCCUUUGGCCUGGACACACACAAAAAUGUGGAUUAUUAUAUACAAUUAGCCAAAGCUUACGAGCUUAUAGAUGAAAUGCCGCGCGCUGAGAUUUCGUUGAAAAUUGCUGAAAAAUUCGCUGGCGGCAAAAAACACACGAUUGAGGUCUGUCGUGAAGAGUGGGCUUCAAAAAAAUCAGAAAAAAAACAACCAAAACUGAAAUUGAUUGACAAGGGUCCCCUGCUGACAAAUGGUGAAAAUCCUGAUCUCAAAGGUGCUUCUCAGUUAGUUAAGCUGGUGGAAAGCAAAGAGAAAGGGCGGUUUAUUGCAGCUCAAAAUGAAGUAAGAACGGGCGAUGUAAUAUUAAAUGAAAAGCCGAUAGCUGCUUGUCUUUUGCCUUCUUUCUACGGCGGAUUUUGUUGUCAUUGUCUGGAAAAGUUAGUGACUCCGGUGCCUUGUUCAAAUUGCUCUGGUCUGGCGUUUUGUUCCGCUCAAUGCAUGGUGGAGGCUUGCAAAAGUUAUCAUCGCUUUGAAUGUCAAUUUAUGGAUUUGUUUAUCGGCUCUGGUAUGUCAAUUUUGUGUUAUAUAGCACUCAGAAUCUUCACACAAGCUCCUAAUGUGGAGAGUGCUCUUAAAACCUCUGACUUAUUAUAUAAAAAUCUCUGCACUCAUGAAGAUUCACGGCAGGCAGAUGAUUACUUGCAACGGUCUUUAAUGGCGGGCUUUCUAAUGCGUUGUUUGCAAAGAGCUCAAUAUUUUGGUCCACGCAAAACUGAGGGUUUUAUUCCUACCGCCAUCGAAAUAAAAGUUUGCACCGGCCUCUUAGGCUUAUUACAAGUUUUACAAUAUAAUGCUCAUGAGAUUUAUCAGACAGUUAAAAGUGUAGAUCACAUUUUUGAUGGCUCAAAAAUUAUGUACAUUGGUGCCGGUUUGUAUAAUACUGGGGCUUACUUUAACCAUGAGUGUUGGCCCACAGUAGCACGGUAUUUUGUGGGCAAGAAUCUUAUAUUAACAGCGACAAAACCUCAUCAUCCCAAUGAAGUGAUAGCUGAGAACUACGGUCCAAUUUUCACUAAGAUGAAUUUAAAAGAUCGUCAGAGAUCCCUAAGAGGCCGUUAUUUAUUCGAUUGCAAUUGCAUGGCCUGCCAAGAGAACUGGCCAACAUUGCAGAAAUUAGACAAACAAGUACGAUUUUGGUGCCCAUCAAAUAACUGUAGUAACAUUUUACAUUUUCCGAGAGAUGUUCUAAAAGAUGUAAGAUGCGCACGAUGCCGGAAAAACGUCUCUUUAAAAGAGAGUGUAUCCCGUUUAAUUAAAAUUGAAGAAUUGUAUCGUAAAGCGGCAAAAGCUAUGCAAGAACAAAAAGUGUUUCAAGCAAUUGAUUUGUUUAAGGAGAGUAUUGAUGACUUCUUUCAAAUAGCUUUACUGCCACACAAGGAUACUUUGAUAGCGCAAUUGUCGUUAAUAAAAUGCGUGGCAGCAAUAAAUUAAAAUUUGGUUCAAUAUUUAACAAUAAUAGAACUUUC